GCCCUAAAGAGGUACUGGGAGCAGUGCUUUAAAGAAGUACUGGGAAGUUUUCUGACUCAGGGUAACAAGGGAAAGAAUUUGUCUAUUGAAGAAAAACAUUAUGUGCAGUUGCUUAAAGUUCUGUUGAGACAGUCUGCAGCUCAGGUUAAUUCGCAGACACUAACCUCCUGCAGAAGCCACAAAAGGUUAUUACACAUAACCCAUGGUUUCCACAGGCAGGCACUCUUGAUGUGGAAAAUUGGGAUACAGCAGGAGAAGGAUUAAAACAGGCUCAUCAAAAAGGUCUUAAAGUUGAUUCUUCUGUUUUCUCCACUUGGAGUUUACUUUGUACUGUACUUCUGCCAUUAUCUCAUUAUUAUUCUGCAGGACAGCAAGCUGAAUCAAAAAAUCUGAAAGAAUCUGUUGACCCACCCACAGCUCCAAUUAAAAAUAAAAAACAGGAGAGGGAGGAAAAAAAUUGGCCUAUACCGCCUCCUUCAGUUGCAGAAACAUCUGUACUGCCUCCUUCGGUGGCAGAAAUAGAAACCCUAAUACAAAGAAUUUAAUGCUCUGCUGCCAUAGCUGGAGAGCCCUUAGGACAUUGUGCUUUUCCUAUUUCCAUAAGGCCUGAUCCAAACAAUCCACAGCAGGUUAUUCAUGAACACACCCCACUAGAGUUUAAGUUGUUGAAGGAAUUAAAAGUGAGAGUGGUAAAUAACGGCAUACAGAGCCCAUUUACCUUAGGAUUGCUAGAAUCUGUGUUUGGUGCUAUGCGUUUUUUACCCUUUGAUGUGAGACACUUGAUGCGCACUUGCUUGUCCACUAGUGCAUAUCUGACAUGGAAUUUAAAUUGGCAAGAAAUGUGUGCAGACCAGGCUAAACAGAACCAUGUUGCUGGACACGGAGACAUUACAGAGGAUAUGCUGUUAGGUCAUGGCCCUUAUUCAGAUGUAGAACGUCAAAUGGCACUCCCAGACGCUGCUUAUCAGCAGUGUACACAGGCCGCUAAAUGCGCCUGGGCCACAAUCCUGAAGAGGGAGUCCCAGUACAAUCCUUUUUACAUGUCAUGCAGGGGUUGCAGGAACCCUAUGCACAAUUUCUUGCAAGAUUACAUAAGGCGGUGAGGCGUCAGAUUCCUCAUACUGUGGCUGCAGAAAUGCUAACCUUAACUAUAGCUUUUGAGAAUGCAAACAUGUACUGUAAACGUGCACUGGCACCAGUGAGGUGUACAAAAAACUUGGGAAAUUUUCUCAGAGCUUGUCAGGAUGUAGGAACUGAGCUUCAUCGAUCUGCAAAGUUAGCAUAAGCAAUGGCUAAUUUAGCAGUUGACAAAUCUAAAAGGAGCCAAGGGUCAAACCCUAAAAUGGGAAAAUGUUGUAACUGUGGAAAAACUGGACAUCUAAAAAAGGAAUGCCGCCAGAUCUCAGGACAGAAAGGAUAUUACAAUGCAGUUCACUCCCUAGCAGAAAAAACACCAGGACUCUGUAUUCGCCAUAACAAAGGAAAUCACUGGGCUACCCAGUGCUGCUCAGAAUUUCAUCAGAAUGGUACCCCGUCGGUAAACGAGAUGGGGGCCUGCACCCGGGCCCCUCAAACAAUGAGGGCAUUCCCAAUGCAGACCACAACCCCACUUCAGGGUUGGGUUCCUGGAGGCACAUUGAUUCCCUCAACCCAGGAACACCAGGAAGUACAGGAUUAGAGCUACCCACCAGAGAAAGAAUCACAUUAGUUAGGGGAGACAAACCUAUUUGGGUAUUUGGGGACCUUUACCGACAGGAUACACAGGACUAAUUUUAGGUAAAAGCUGCCUUAACUUGCAAGGCAUCACUGUAGUCCCAGGAGUGACUGACUCCGAUUAUGAAGGAGAAAUUCAAGUAGUUUUAAUGUCACAAGAUCUUUGGGUUUUUGAACUGGGAGAAUAUGUUGCUCAAUUAUUGCUUAUUCCCUGUGAAUUACACCCUUCCCCAUGAAAAGAGAAACGAGGAAAUAAAGGGUUUGGGAGCACAACUACACGGGAAAUCUAUCUUUCCCAACCCAUAGCCUCUAAUAGACCUACCUGUGUAGUACACAUUAAAGGAAAGAAAUUUUAUGGGCUUAUGGACAUGGGAGCUGAUGUGUCAGUCAUAUCUAUAGGAUGGGCACAUCAAACAUUACAACGCAUGUUGAAAAGACAAAAAGGGGGUAUAGGAGGCCAACUACCACCUCAAUCAAAACUACAUUUAGCCUUAUUUACUUUAAAUUUUCUGACUCCUGGUACGGAUGGUAAGACUCCAGCAGAAAGACACUGGCAAGUGUUAGAGGAAAAAAGCAAAGUUUAUCUGAAAGUGUUAUGGAAAUCCCCAGAAGGACGACAAUGGAAAGGCCCGGUAGAUUUACUGACCUGGGGAAGAGGGUAUGCUUGUGUGUUUACAGGAGAUGGACAAGCCAUGUGGGUGCCCUCAAGGUGCAUGCAACCAUGGAAUGGGAGACUGGAGGAACCCAGGGUGGCCAACCAUGGGCCUGGUCCCUCCUGUACGAGCUAUGAGUCAGCUGAGCCUGAGUGCAAAGAUGGAGAGAAGGCCAACCAGAGUCAUGAUGACAUCAACCCCCAUAACCUGGGGACAACUCAAGAAAACCACGCAGGAAGCUGAGAAACUACUGGAGUGUCAGGGACAGGCAAAAACCCCUGAUUCCAUGCUCUUGGCCAUGUUAGCCAUAAUGUCCUGUGUGCUACGUUUUCCCUGUGCACAGGCAAAAACAUAUUGGGCAUAUGUUCCCAAUCCCCCAGCAGUAUGGCCUAUACUUUGGAGCUCACUCCUCCUGAGAUUUAUCACGAUCAGGGAGAGUGGGCUCCAGGACCCCUAACUCCCCGUGACAUAGAACAGUUAGACUCUCAGAACAAUGUCAUUAAUUAUACCACUCCACUGGAAGGACUCCCUUUGUUUAUCACCACAAAGACGUCGCUCAGCCAUAGCUGUCUUGCAAUUCAAGCUCAAACAUGGUUGAGUCACUAUGGAAAAAUUAUGUACUUAUUAGGUCUUGGUUCUAUUAAUGUAACUGGUGUGCUAACCAAUCAUUCCCAGUCCAGUCACCCUAAUUGUGCUGAUUAUACAGAAUGGAUUCCAUUCAAUAGUUCCUACCCCACUCCGUGGACCCAGUGUCUUGAUCCACUGGCUAGUAAACAGUAUAUGUCAACUGAAGACACUGUGGAUUGGGAACCUAAAGGUCAAUUAGAUGGAAAAGGUGAAAGUCAGAAAUCAUGGCACAAACUUCACUGGCAUUGGCGGCAAGCUUUUAAUGCUUCUUCUUUACACAACACCAGAAUCCAAUCCCAGUCUGCUGCUCAGAUUGCUUGGCAUGGAGCAGGCGUUAGCCCACCUCUUCCUCAGUUGCAUUAUCUGGGGAGGAAAGGACCAAUUCAAGAAACUAUAUGGAAGGCAGCACUCCCAUUUAUGAAUGGCAACAUCUGGAUUGGAACACUGUCUAAUAAUAGCAAUAGUAAGCAACACAGUCUUAACGUUGCAUUUGUAAAGAAUAUCACCACUCAGUUUACAGUUUGUGUUUUUAAUCCUUAUGCCUUUUUGGCAGCUAAGAAGGACCAGCUUCAGGUAAGCAAUACCCAAUUGACCUGUAAAUCUUGCCAGUUAUAUCACUGCAUUAAUCAUAGCACAUUACAAACACAUAAUAUCUCUACUUUGAUAAUGUUGGAUUGCAUCCCUGGGCUAUGGAUUCCUGUUAAUCUGUCUGAGCCUUGGGCUGCCACACCUGCUUUGCAUUUUUGUAACACUUCUUCUAACUCAGCUUACUCCGUAGAGCCUUAGGCAUAAUUUUUGCUAUUGUUUCCUUGGUCAAACUAAUAACUUCUGUUGUGGUAUCUUCUGUAACUCUGCAUAAUUCUAUUCAAACAUCUCAGUAGGUGGAGAACUGGACAUGCACAGCUGACCAAGCGAGGCUACUUCAGAAUAAAAUUAACACUGAGUUACAAACUGAAGUGGCAAUGUUGAAAUCCACGGUUCUGUGGUUAGAACAGUCUGUAAAAUCGGAUGGACCGCCAAUUGGAGAAUGAGAGCUUCCCAGCCCAGCCUUACAUUCUUUCAAUUAAUACAUAAACAGAAAGGGGGAUAUGCAGGGAGCCGAAGGCAUGUGGGACCUGACCAACUCAGCAUUCCACUGGAGGCUAUAUGAUCAAACAGCAAACUGUUUAUCAUGAAUACAGGAUGUGAGCAAACUCAGGACUGCUCCUGCCAACAUAAGGUUUGCUGGAGGCAAUCACUCCCUGGCACCGAGGUUAUCUACUGCGACAUCUAGAGAAUGCAGUCUUGCAAGCCUACUCUGAACUGAGCAGCCGACCCGUUCUUCCAUCCCCCCACCCUCCUAUCUCUUUUGCCUAAUAAAUACGGAGGGCUGUGUAAAGCCCAGGGCCCUUGUCCACUAGAGGCAAGGUGCUCCCUGACCCCUUCUCCCAAAUAUA